AUGGAAAAGCCUGAAUGGAAGGAGCCCCUUGCAACUCUCCGAGGUCUCGUUGGGCCUCAUGCUUCGGAAGCGCAGCUGGAGAACCAACUGCAGCGUUUCUCCAAUGAUCCGAGAAAAGCUGCCAACGGCUACUUUCGCUCAGCAUGUUCGUUGGAGCUCCCGUUUGACUUCGACCCGCGACCUUUGCAGAUGUCACGUGCCACUUCUGCUACAGCAUCCCACACUCUACCUCGCGGACCGUCCAAACAUGGGACUGGUUGGCAGGAGCUGGAUUCUCCCUUCUUUCCCGCUGCAGGCUUCCUGGAAGUAGCAGACUGCGGGGCACUGCUGGCCGUUUCCUCCGAACUUCAUCUUCGGGUGGUGCACGAUGACGUGCUGUGGACGAGGGCAUUCGAGAGCGUCUUCGGUGAGGUACGCCAAACCGACAUCAUGAGCUCGGACGUGAGCCCAAAACGUGGCUACACAUCAUCAGGUGCCGAGCUCAAGCCGCACGCUGUCCAGCGCAAGGCCUUCGAAAGGUUCACGCAGCGAUGGCGCCAGGAGCUGGACAGAAUUUGUCCACGCUGUGGUGCAACGAAAGCCAUCAUACCAAUCGUGUAUGGCUUUCCAAGCGAACCCCUCACAGCACAUUAUCGACGAGGAUUCCUGGUUCUCACGGAGGUGUGCGGCUUCCUGGGUCCUUGCUGGGCUUGCCGCCGGUGCCAUUACGAGUUUGAGUGCUACCCAUACUCAACCUCCCCGCCGCCGCCGGCAGACAAGGUUCGCAAGUACCCGUUCUUGCGAGUCACCACAGCUGCCCGUGCUGCCGGUGCCCCAUUGGCGACAUCUAUUUUUGCGCAGGAGGCCGCCGUUCGAGCUGCAGUCAAUGCAGCCAAGUGGCUGCAAACACCAGAAGAGGUUGCGAGAGCGAGCGUUGCGCCUCUCGCAGGCUCUGGUCUCAAAGAAGGACAGAUGAGAAGCUACGCAAGCACGGCAAUUGUAGACACUUUUGCCAAGCUGGCGCUGGAGGGCGGUGGCAGUGCCUUGACCCACUGCUUCGGGCGAUUGGAAACCGUCUUCGAUGCAGAUGAGAUCGAGUUCGAUCACCACUCGCACGGUGAGCAGCUUGUGCGACAGGCCGAUGGAGCCAUCCACAUCGUCACAUUGAACCGUCCUGAAGCUCAAAAUGCGUUGACCAUGGACAUGCUGAACGAUAUUGCAUCCGUCUUCCAUAGUCUCCGAAGCGAUACGAAGGUCCGCGCGGUCAUUCUUACGGGCUCCGGACAGAAAGCUUUCUCUGCAGGUAUUGACCUGAUGAAGGCGGAUGGGAUCUUCACCGGUUACUUUCCGACCCCUGCGGAGCAGGAUCCACGAGUGCAGAUCGAGACGUUCCCUUGGCCGGUGAUCUGCGCCGUGAACGGUUUUGCGAUAACGGGAGGCUUCGAGCUGGCACUCGCUUGCGACAUCCUGAUUGCAAGCGAGAACGCCUCCUUCGCAGACACGCAUGCCAAGUUCGGCAUCGCACCGGCCUGGGGCUUGAGCCAGAAGCUGACGCGCAUCAUGGGGCCGAGCAGAGCCAAGGAGCUGCACUUCACUGCCCGAUUUCUUGGAGCCAAGGAGGCUGCAGCAUGGGGACUGGUGAACUGCGUCGUUCCUGCGGACAAGCUGAUGCCACACUGCUUGGGUAUGGCAAAGGAAAUGACCAAGAUGAAUCCAAACAUGUUGCAAAUGCUGAAAAGAACCAUCGACGAUGGCUAUGGAAUGAGCUUCAAAGACGCUUGUACAAAUGAGCAAAGCGUAGCCUUCAAGUAUUACAAAGCAAUGGGGAAGGAGCUCUUUGACAGGAUGAAGAAGUUCAUCCAGUCGAGAAGCAAAGAGGGGCAGUCGAAAUUGUGA